AGCACUCAUUACCCCCGACACACAAAACAGCCCUGUUCGAGCUGAAGACCAACGGAAUACCCUACCGUCCGCGUCCUGCAAAGUAAAGUACGACCCAGUUUGCGCAAUGAGCACUGUUUUGACGUGCCAAGAUCAGAGCUUUGUAGGGGGCCACCGCUACAACUGCCUUUACCGCGCCCAAACGUCCACAGACAAUGUUGACGUUACCACGGAAACACAGGCCUCCUUUUGGGACACUAGUCCAACGGAGGACACGUGCCAGCACGAGUCAUUGGAAACAAUCACCUGUUUGAGCUGUGGGACGUCCCCUGACAGCGCGAGGACUGAGCACAUGUCCCCACACCAGCGUAGAAAUAAACAGCUCCAAGAUACGCUUAUACAGAGAGAUGAGGAACUCGCAAGACUCCAAGAUGAAAACAACAAACUCAAAGAAUUUCUUAACUGCUCAUAUGUGCAGAACUUAGAGGAACAAUCUAAGAGGCUCCGCUUUGCUCACAAGCAGAGAAAGAGGACCCUGCAGGUCGACAAGGGGCUCCAGCACCUCAGCACAAGCCAGCUGAUUGGCUCCCAGGUGAAACGCACCUGUCGGAAUCUCUCUCUGGAAUUCUGCUCGUCCGAGGACAUCGCCACCAGCCCGUCAGUGGAUCACUGGAUCCUGCAGACGCUGGGCCUGAAGGACGCAGAUACCAUUGACACGUCCACCGAAUACACCUUCGUCCCCUCCUUUGACUCGGUCUGCACACGCAGCCCCAACAAUGAGCACUCUGAUAACCUGUGUCAAACAAAGAGCCAGGACACGUCUAAUUAUAGCUCUGCCAUUGGCUCCAGUCCCUGUAUUGAACCCUCCACAAACUACAUUCCUACAUUUGACACCAUCAAUAAUUACACUUGCUCAACAGACUCCUACUCUGAUAUCACUGCCGCUGGGCUGUCCGUCCAAUCCAGCCCCUGUGUCACAGCCAACCCCAUCUACCAGGUUUCACCCUUACCAUCUAAUUUGCCACAACUGAUCUGUGACUCUUUGUCACCUAAGAAAAGACAGCACUUCACGCCCGUCACAGCUUCCUCUUCAGCCGGUGGUCUGAGACUGCAUCACACUCCCAGCCCACAGUGCCAGAGCUUCACCCCCACAGACCAUGACUCGCUGCCUCGCUGCCACCCAUCCCCUCGCUGCCACCCAUCCCCACGCUGCCAGGCCGAUGUGGCCUUCACCAUGUCCCUCAGCUCCUCCAGCAGUGUCAGGACACACAGCUUCCAUCAGGGGCAGGCCUUCGUCCGCAGGCACAGCCAGGGAGGCUGGAGUUUCACCUGGGUUCCCAUACAAGCCUCCUAGGAAGGGGGGAGGUGCUCCCUAUUGGUAACUGCGGUUGUACAAGCAGAUCAGCUGCAGGAAAGCGGCCUUGCUGCUGAAAACACUACGAACUAAAAUGAGACCAAACUGAUAGAACUGACUUAAAGGACUAGCACAGCUCAGCACUGAACAGUAUAAUGUUGUAGACCUACACUCGGUACUGUACCUACUAAAGCCUUGAGCACUUUGAAUAUAUUUUUUCAUGUGAUAAUUUCAGAUAUUACUUUGUGUUUUAUAAUGUGCUAUUAAAAACUGGACUCUCCUCAACACGGAAUUCAGUGUGUAAAAAAAAAAAGAUUAUACUCCUGUAUAUGUCACUGGUAAAAUCAAAUUCUGUUGAUUGCCAGGCUCAACCUCUUAUCUGCCAGUGGCUGGUAAGAUAGUUUUCUGGUAUGCAACUAGC